AUGGAGAAAGCAAUUGAGAGGCAAAGGGUUCUGUUGCACCACAUUAGCCCUUCAUUCACUUCUUCUUCACUUGAAAAUAUUGAUUCUUCUAUCUCUGCAUCUUUAUGUUCAGCCGGGGACAGUGCAGCGUACCACAGGACUUCUGUGUUUGGCGAUGAUGUGGUGAUAGUGGCUGCCUAUCGAACUGCACUUUGCAAGUCAAAGAGGGGUGGCUUUAAAGAUACAUAUCCUGAUGAUUUACUUGCACCAGUUUUAAGGACUUUGAUUGAAAAAACGAAUGUGAAUCCAAGUGAAGUUGGCGAUAUUGUUGUGGGCACAGUACUGGCGCCAGGCUCCCAGAGAGCAAGUGAAUGCAGGAUGGCUGCAUUUUACGCCGGUUUUCCUGAAACUGUACCAGUUAGAACUGUGAAUAGGCAAUGUUCGUCUGGUCUUCAAGCCGUAGCUGAUGUCGCUGCAGCCAUCAAAGCUGGAUUUUAUGAUAUUGGGAUUGGUGCUGGGCUUGAAUCUAUGACUGCCAAUCCUAUGGCUUGGGAAGGAGAUGUCAAUCCAAGAGUAAAAUCAAUGGAACAAGCGCAAAAUUGUCUUCUUCCAAUGGGUGUUACUUCAGAAAAUGUUGCCCACCGCUUCGGUGUGACAAGGCAGGAGCAAGACCAGGCCGCAGUGGAAUCACAUAGAAAGGCUGCUGCUGCAACUGCAUCUGGGAAAUUUAAGGAGGAGAUAGUACCGGUGAAAACUAAGAUUGUUGACCCAAAAACUGGAGAUGAGAAACCUGUUACAAUAUCUGUUGACGAUGGGAUAAGGCCAAACACCACAGUUGCUGACCUGGCAAAGCUAAAGCCUGUAUUCAAGAAAGGUGGUACAACCACAGCAGGAAAUUCUAGCCAAGUCAGUGAUGGAGCUGGAGCUGUGCUUCUCAUGAAGAGAAGUGUUGCAAUGCAGAAAGGACUUCCAAUCCUUGGUGUAUUCAGGAGCUUUGCUGCUGUUGGUGUUGAUCCAGCAAUCAUGGGUGUUGGUCCAGCAGUUGCAAUUCCUGCUGCAGUCAAAUCUGCUGGUCUUGAACUUGAUGAUAUUGAUCUUUUUGAGAUAAAUGAGGCAUUUGCAUCGCAAUUUGUACAUUGCCGGAAGAAACUGGAACUUGAUCCUGAGAAGAUCAAUGUUAAUGGAGGUGCAAUGGCUAUUGGGCAUCCUUUGGGUGCAACAGGAGCCCGCUGUGUUGCUACCUUGUUGCAUGAGAUGAAGCGCCGUGGCAAAGAUUGUCGCUUUGGUGUCAUUUCAAUGUGUAUAGGAACGGGAAUGGGAGCUGCUGCUGUUUUCGAAAGAGGUGACUCCUGUGAUGACCUCUGCAAUGCUCGAAAGAUUGAAACUCAUAAUUUCCUGUCAAAGGAUUCUCGAUAA